GAAGAUGGCGGCCAUGGCGGCGCUGAGGGCGAUGCGGGCGAGGGUGCUGAGGGCGACGGUGCGCGGCUAUGGCACAGCGGAAUUCCCGCAGGAGAAGCCGCAGUUCCCGGGGGCCUCAGCAGAGUUCGUGGAGCGCCUGGAGUUCAUCCAGCCCAAUGUCCUCUCCGGCAUCCCCGUCUAUAGGGUCAUGGACAGGCAGGGCCAGAUCCUGCAGCAGAGCGAGGACCCACAGCUGCCCAAGGAGCUGGUGCUGAAGCUCUACAAGACCAUGACCCUGCUCAACACCAUGGACCGCAUCCUGUAUGAGUCCCAGCGCCAGGGCCGCAUCUCCUUCUAUAUGACCAACUAUGGUGAGGAAGGAACCCAUGUGGGCAGUGCAGCUGCACUCGAUGACAACGACCUGGUCUUUGGCCAGUACCGAGAGGCAGGGGUGCUCAUGUACCGCGGGUACCCCCUGGAGCUGUUCAUGGCUCAGUGCUAUGGCAACAGCCGGGACCCCGGCAAGGGCCGGCAGAUGCCGGUUCACUAUGGCUGCAGCCAGCGCCACUUUGUGACCAUAUCCUCACCCCUGGCCACGCAGAUCCCACAAGCCGUGGGUGCCGCGUACGCCAUCAAGCGCGCCGACGCCAACCGCGCUGUCAUCUGUUACUUCGGUGAGGGGGCCGCCAGCGAGGGGGAUGCUCACGCCGGGUUCAACUUCGCGGCCACGCUCGAGUGUCCCAUCCUGUUCUUCUGCCGCAACAACGGAUAUGCCAUCUCCACCCCCACCGCUGAGCAGUACCGCGGGGACGGCAUCGCCGCAAGGGGCCCUGGCUAUGGGCUGCUCUCCAUCCGUGUGGAUGGCAACGAUGUCUUUGCCGUGUACAAGGCGACGAGGGAAGCUCGGCGAAGAGCUGUGGCUGAGAACAGGCCUGUGCUCAUCGAGGCCAUGACCUACAGGAUCGGGCACCACAGCACCAGUGACGACAGCUCCGCCUACCGCUCCGUGGACGAGGUGGAUUACUGGGAUAAACGGGAUCAUCCCAUAUCCCGACUGCGGCACUUCCUGCUCCGCAAGGGAUGGUGGGAUGAGGAGCAGGAGAAGGGAUGGAGGAAGAGCUCCCGCAAGAUGGUCCUGGAAUCCUUCACGGCCGCCGAGCGCCUCCCCAAGCCCUCCCCCCACCUGCUGUUCACCGACGUGUACCGGGAGCUGCCGCUGCACCUGCGGCGCCAGCAGGGGGCGCUCCUGCAGCACCUGCGGCGCUACCGGCAGCACUACCCUAUGGAGCUGUUCGAGAGCGGGGGGGAGCCCCCCAUGGAGGAAGCGGAGGAGACACAAGUACAGCCCUAAACACCCCCCCCCAUAGAGCCAUAAUGGGCUCAUCCAAUAGGGGGACCCAAUGAAACAGAGCGCUAAAC